AUGGAUAAAGCCUUGGAGAGCAAGAACGGACACCUGGACCUCUUUGUCCGCUUCCUUCAUGGCAUGUCACUGGAGUCCAAUCAGAAACUCCUACGAGGUCUGGUGACACAGACAGAAAGCAGUCCAGACAGCAUCCAGAGAACAAUCCGAUCCCUUAAGGUGAUGCAGAGGAAGAACAUCUCCCCUGAGAGGUGCAUCAAUCUCUUCCACUGUCUGAUAGAGAUGAAAGACCAUUCAGUACAGGAGGAAAUCCAAGCAUACUUGAGGUCAGAGAAGAGAUCCAAAAACCUCACACAUUCUCAGUGUUCAGCACUGGCCUACAUGCUACAGAUAUCAGAGGAGGUUCUGGAUGUGUUUGACCCGAAGGUAUACAAGACAUCAGAGGAGGGUCGUAGGAGACUGCUCCCAGCUGUGAGAGGCUGCAGGAAAGCUCUACUCACUGACUGUAAACUCACAGACACAUCCUGUGAACCGUUGGCCUCAGCUCUCAGAUCAAACCACUCACACCUGAGAGAGCUGGACCUGAGUUACACUGCCAUGAAGGAUUCAGGAGUGAAGCUGCUCUCUUCUCUGGUCUCAGCUCUGAAGUCAAACCCCUCACACCUGAGAGAGCUGGACCUGAGUAACAAUGACCUGAAGGAUUCAGGAGUGAAGCUGCUCUCUGCUGGACUGGGGAAUCCCCACUGUAAACUGGAGACUCUGAGGCUGUCAGGCUGUCUAGUCACAGAGGAAGGCUGUGCUUCUCUGGUCUCAGCUCUGAAGUCAAACCCCUCACACCUGAGAGAGCUGGACCUGAGCUACAAUCACCCAGGAGACUCAGGAGUCAGACUGCUCUCUGCUGGACUGGAGGAUCCACACUGCAGACUGGAGAAACUCAAUGUGGAACAUAGUGGAGAGAACAGAAUGAAACCUGGACUUAGAAAAUAUGUCUGUGAUCUCACACUGGACCUAAACACAGUAAACAGACGCCUCUCUCUGUCUGAGGAGAACAGAAAGGUGACAUGGAGGACAGAGGUGCAGCCGUAUCCUGAUCACCCAGAGAGAUUUGAGGUCUGGAGACAGGUGCUGUGUAGAGAGGGUCUGACUGGGCGCUGUUACUGGGAGGUAGAGUGGAGUGGGAGUGGGGUUGGUAUAGGAGUGGCAUAUAAAGGAAUCAGCAGGAGAGGAAGGGUUAAUGACUGUAGGAUUGGAUACAAUGACAAGUCCUGGAGUCUGAUCUGCUCUGACAACAGUUACUCUGCCUGGCACAAUAAGAAGUCCACUACCAUAGACGUCCCCUCCUCCAGAUCCCACAGAGUUGGAGUGUAUCUGGACUGGCCAGCCGGCACUCUGUCCUUCUACAGAGUCUCCUCUGACACACUGACCCACCUGAACACAUUCCACUCCACAUUCACUGAGCCCCUCUAUCCAGGGUUUUGGGUUUGGGACUCGGUGUCCCUAUGUUAAAUACACACUGGACACACACACACUGGACACACACACACACACUGACACACUGGACACACACACACACUGGAC